GUGAUGAAAACUCAUAUUAUAGAACUAUAAAUGGAACGUGUAACAAUUUACUAAUACCGACCUGGGGAGCUGUAAUGUGCCCUCAGUCAAGAGAAAUACCACCUAUGUAUUCUGAUGGUAUUGACGCCCCAAGACGUUUUGGAGUCUCAGGUGAAGAGCUGCCAAGUGCACGUGCCAUCAGUAACGAACUACAUAAAACAGACGGACAAUCGCCAAGAAAUGAUAAACUGACCAUGAUGGUAAUGCAGUGGGGUCAGUUCAUCGAUCAUGACAUUGUUUCAACACCAUUAAUGAAAGACCCAAUUGGAGCUAAUAUCGAAUGUUGUGGUGAAGGAAAUGAGAAUAGGACAGAGUGUUUCCCUAUCCGUAUACCAGAUGAUGAUCCAUUCUACAACAGGACUUGCAUGGGUAUGGUGCGAUCAGCUCCAGUGCUAGACCAUAAUUGUGAACCAGGUUUUCUGAAGAUUUACGAAGAUAUUGAAACAAUCAGCGAACAAUUACCACCAGAUACCAAUGACAGGUGUAUAAUCGAAGCACCAAAAGAUCACUGUGCUCUGGCAGAUAUAACCCACUGGAGAGUACAUUGUAACCUUGGACAAGCUAAUAUGGCAUACGAUGGAUCGUUUAUAUUACCUGAUCAUACGGAAGAACAAAGACUCAAGAUACAGAAUGUCUACAGUCACGUUGAUGACAUAGAUUUGUUUGCCGGCGCAAUGACAAAAACAUUACUGCCUGACAGCUCUGUGGGGCCAACAUUUGCUUGUUUGUUAGGAAAACAAUUUAAAAAGUUGCGAGAAGGCGACCGAUACUGGCACGAGACACAAGAUCCAAUCAUAAAGUUUUCUAAGGAUCAGCUAACUGAGCUUCGUAAGGUAUCAUUUGCCCGAGUACUGUGUGACAAUUUUGAUGUAAGUCAAGUCCAACCUGAUGUAUUCCAUGUACCCGGAACUGGAAAUGAAAGAGUGGACUGUGGCCAGAUUCAAGGGAUAAAUUUAGAAAAAUGGACUUCGUGCGACUUCCUCCCUGAUGGAAGGCCAAAUUUGAAUAGUUCUUGUAGGAAAAAGCGUAAUCAAGAGUGAACAUGUGAAGAGCGAGGGAAGAAUAAGGACAGGAAAAUAACACAUAUAUUAAACAUAUAUAUAUGUAUAUCAACUAGAUAGUCAUUUAUUAAUGUAAUGAUAAGAAAUUAUAUGUAAUAAAACAUA